AUGGAAGGAUUUAUUGGGCUUCACGUAGGGGCUGGAAGUCACAGUCAUAAACUUCAAAUUCAUUACAAAAAAUUAUGUAAGAAAGCAGCCAAAGAAGGAGUUUUAUAUUUAAAUCAGGGAAAAUCGGCGCUGGACGUUGCCGAAAGCGUAACCGCCAUUUUGGAAAAUUCACCUCUGACAAAUGCCGGCUACGGAUCGACGUUAACGUGGGACGGAGAAGUCGAAUGCGAUGCGAGCAUAAUGGAUGGAUCGACAUUAAAAUGGGGAGGUGUGGGAGCCGUUCCCGGUAUAAAAAAUCCGAUUUCUUUGGCUCGAGCACUUUGCGAAGAACAAGGAAACGUUUUGACACUCGGACGUGUUCCUCCUUGUUUGCUCGUUGGAAUCGGAGCUCAAAAAUGGGCUGCAAAAGCUGGCAUGGAUGUGGUACCAUCGAAAAACAUGAUAUCAGAAAAAUCACAAAAGCUUUAUAGAAAGUACAAAAAGAAAAUAAAAACGAUAGAAAAACUAACGGGAAAAAUAAUAAGUCCUUUGGAUACGGUCGGAGUUGUUUGCCUGGAUAAAUCGGGUAAAGUCGCCGCGAGUUGUUCAAGCGGAGGAAUCGCUCUAAAACAUUCGGGAAGAAUCGGACAAGCGGCCACAUACGGAUCCGGAGUCUGGGCUCAAAACGGUUUGGAAUCAUCCAUAUCCGUUUGUACUUCCGGUUGCGGUGAACAUUUGAUUCGAACGAUGCUUUCGAAAGAAAUAUCGGAUGCUGUUAAUUCAUCGAAUUGUCCAACGUCUGCACUUUACGAUUCUCUAAGCAAAAAAUUUUUAAAUUCGCCAUUUUUAAACGGAAUAAAUGAAAAACUCGGGGGUGUGGCCGUGUUGAAAGUUAACGAUAACGGAAUGGGAGAAUUUUUAUGGGGACACACGACGAGCACCAUGUGUUUGGGUUUCAUGUCCACAUCGGAUUCGUCACCCAAAAGUAGAUUGUCCUCACUUUCGCCGGGGCAAAGUCCCGGAUUUAAUAUCGUAAUAGAAGGGAUAUCGUUUAAAACGAAAAAUUUUAAUGUCGACGUGGAAUAA